AGAUAAAAUGAAUUCAGUCAAAAGAAAGGAACAAAAAUCAACUUCAUGCAGAAUGAGUGAAGUACCUAGAGUACAAACACCAUCGAAACAACUUGCCGAUGAAGCCCUUUCUCAAAGAAAUCAUUUUUUUCCAGUUGUAGAUGCAGUAAAAGAUGAAGUGGUUGAAAUAGAGGAAAAUGAGAAAGUAGUGCAAGGAGAUGGAAAUGAGGAAGUAGCUCUCGGAGGAGGAGGAGAAAGUAGUUCGAGGUCUAGAGCCAUAGGGAAAGAAGUAGGGGAAAGGUCGACGACUGAUGUUGAUUUUAGAUCAGAAGUCCAACAUAGCAUCCCUUCAACUCCUGGAUUUGUCAAAACUUUCAGUAUUGACAAGUUUCAAGUGAAGAUGCCCAUUGAUGAUGAUACAAAUUUUGGUGAUUCUGUUGUUAAAUCUGUGAUGGGAAAAGUAUUUGAUAAAUUCAAGGUGAUAUUGAAGGAGCAAAAGUUGGAGACUUUCUUUAGGUCUAGCUGUUUUGGGUUGUAUCUUGAUCUUCCUGAGAAUAAUAAUGCACGUUUUCAAAUGACUAUGGUCUAUGGUCUUUUGAAACGUAGGAUUCUAUAUGAGGAUGAGGAAAAAAAAGAUGAGAUCUGGAUAAACUAUUGUGGCAUGCCAAUAUGUUUUGGUAUUAAAGAAUUUGCCAUAAUUACUGGACUUAGAUGUCAUCAUGCUGUUCAGCCUCUUCCUAUUGUUAAGCCAAAGAGUACAACCAACAAAACAAAGAAAGUCGAAGGCAAAGAAAAAAUAGCUGAUGAUGAUGACUUGGUGGACAUUGUUGGUAAGAGCUACAAAAGCACAAAUUUGCUCAAAGAUCUGGAGUCUAAAACACUUUCAAGGAAGCACAAAGAGUCAUUGUGCUUAGUUUGGUUCGUGCAUGCUAUUCUAUGGGCCAAAGACACCAACCAAAUCAUACCAGCUAGUUUGUUAAAGUUAUCUCGGGAUCGUGAGGAAUUCAACAACUAUCCAUGGGGUCACGAAAGCUACAAUUUAACUGUAAAAUAUUUGUUGCAAAAGUUAACACCCAAAACAAUCAAUCUAUAUGGUUUUCCUUGGGCUUUCAUGGCUUGGGCAUUUGAAGCCAUUCCUCACCUCCGACAGCAAGUCAAGGACUACUCUGAAAAGGUUUCUUAUCCAAGGAUCCUUAGAUGGUUGUCUGCCAAGAACAACAUAAAAGUGAAUGCUGUUGACUUGUUCACCCCUCCUGAUGAUGCAAUUGUGCAUCCGUGGCUUAUCCCUACUGAGCUAGAAUCAACGAUGCCAUUCCUUCUUACUUUAGGAUUUGUGAGAACUUUACCUGAUCCUAAGGUUAUUGAUAGGAUUAAAAGAGAAUUGGAUGGAGCUACAUCCAUCAAAAGGGAAGCACUGGGGGGUGGUGAGGAGGCUGUUCGUGCUGUUGGUGAUCCCGUAGGUGAUGUCGGUGGUGGUUUUGAUGGUAGUGGUGGUGGUGAUGAGCUUGAUGAUGUUGCUCAUUAUUCAGUUUCUGAAAAAGGAAUUGACCAUGAUGAUGGUCACAACAUUGGUGAUUUUGGUGUUAGUGAAUAUGGUGGAUUCACACCAUUUAGACCGCGCGCAACAACACCUCCAUACAAAUCGAGGCUACAAACAUCUGUUGGUGUUGCCUCCUCUAGCUUAUGUUUUACUUGUCAAUGCAAGGGCUGCAAUGAAAGACAUACUGAAAUAGUUAAUCGUAUCCAUGCAUUGACUGAAGCUGUAAAUAGUCUGGCACCGAAAAGGGGUAUCAAUCCAUCUAAGAGGGUUUCAAACUCCUGCAUUCCCAUUGAGAUUAGGAGGAGGAAGAGGGCAAUUUCAAACGCAUUGUCAAGUAUCAAAGUAAUUAGAAAAGUUGUCAAUCCACUUCCUCAUAAUGUUCGGUCAGCUGUCCAGCUUAAGCUUCAAAAGGUGCGACCUUCGGAAGCUGAAUAG